CAGCUGUGCCCGGGUGAGCCGGGGCUGCCAGUCUCGUCCCUGGGGUGGUGGCACCCGCUGGACCCCCCAUCCAGGCACCCUGCAAGGUACCCUGCACCCCUGGACAGGCACAGCUGAGGCACUGACCACUGAGGUGCUGGCUGCUGAGUGCUCAGGCCUGGAGGCAGGUGAGCAGCCACGGAGGGCGCCCAGGGACGCCCUUCCCGUGCCCUGAGCCAAGGGAGGAAGCGGCCGGAGGCAGGAAGCCUUCCCCCGGGCCCGGGGCCCCUGCUGCGACUUUGCUGGAAGGUCAGCGGCGACACAACAGGAAAUCGUGCUGCCUCGGCUGGGCGGCCAGGCCGGAGCCACAGAGCCGCGCCGUGCUGUCCUGGGCCGCUCCCGGCCUCCGGCCCUCCGUCCUGGCUGGGCGGCUCGCGGGGAACCCGCGCCACCACUGCCCUCCAUGGAAGGGGGACGGGAGCCAGGGAGCAGCCGCUGGCCCCAGGGUGGAAGAUGCAGGGCCGAAGCCCCCAGCUGAGCAUGGAGCUGAACAGACUGCUCCUCCUCACAUCCUUCCUCCUGCACGUGAAAGAGGACCGUGCCAGCCCAACACGGCUGGUCUGUGACAACAGGCUUAUCCAGAAGUACAUCGUGGAGGCCAAGGACAUGGAAAAGAGAGUGGACCAGUGCCAGGCCCUGCCUGCACUCAGCUGCCCUGCAGUGCUGCCCUUGGUGGACUUCACUUUCCAGCAGUGGAAAUCCAAAUCGAACGAGACCAAGCGGCGGGAGAUCCUGUGUGACCUGGCCCUGCUGGUGGGUGCUGCAGCAGGGGCCCAGGGCCAGGUGAGCGACGAGUGUGGGGCCAGGCAGCUGAGCCAGCUUUACCGACAUGCCAACUCCUUCUUCCUGCUCCUGCAGACCUUCAGCUGGGAGGUGAGACCUCCCCACAUGAACCAGAGCAUCCUGGCACAGGUUCCAGCUGGGCUGGGUUGGAUGCAAUGGUGUUUGUCACCCCUCUGUCCCACUCUUGCCCCUCAGGCAGGACACUGGGAGCCGAGCUGCUCCCCACACUCCAUGGAGCAGACCCACAUCACCAGCAUUUUCCUCACCUACCGGCAGCUGGUACAGGGCAAGUUGCGCUUCUUCUUCUAUGACUUGGCCAAGGUCUUGUGCAAGCAAGGACAGGGGGACAGCAGAGACCCUCCAUGCGGGGCCCAGUGAGGUUGCACACAGGGUUCAACCACAAAGCAAUGCUGGAGCAAUCCUGCAGGACACUAAGCUGUGCUUUGGGUGCCCAGGAAGAUGCCUAUAGGGAAAGGGUCGGCACCUGUUCCUUAAGUCUUUAUCAACCGUGCAGCGCAUGGAGGCAAACAGUGACACUCAUGUGCCAGCAGGCACAGGCCCUGCUCCUAUCCGGGCAGGCACCUCUACUGUGAAUGCUUUUCAAUUAAAGAGCUAUUUUUCUAAA